UCAUUAUCGGAAUAGACUUUGAUAUCGGUCUGUUGAUUGUCUCUCAGCUCCGCGUUCAACAACAGUUUUGCGAGUUUUAUUUUAUUAAACGGAUCGUUUGAACAUAAUUCUGCUGUGCAGCCUUUAAAUCUUCCACAACAUGGAUAAAACCAGCGUGUUUGGCUCAAUGUUUGUCUUCCUGUUGAUUUGUGUUACUUCGGAGACAACUCAUCCACCAGUUCACAAACCAUGCAACACCCUGACUUCCUGUGAUACAUGCCUUGCCAAUGUUUCUUGUUUGUGGUGUCUGACCAACAACAUCUGCUCGGAGUAUCCCGUGUCAUAUGUGAUUCCUCCAGCAUCAGUGUGUAAACUCUCUAAGGCACGAUGGGGGGUUUGCUGGUUGAAUUUUGAAGCGUUGAUCAUCGGGUUAGCGGUGUUGUGUGGAGCGCUGCUGUUGGCCAUCACUGUGUGUUGCUGCUGUUGCUGCUGUAAAUGCAGCCGAUCAAGAAGUGUUGAUCAUGAGGCUGAGCAGUUUUCCAGGAGACGAGAGGAGAUCAGACAGCGUGCUGAUGAACGGAGGGCUGAGAGGAAGGCGAAACAUGAUGAGAUCCGCAAGAAGUAUGGUCUCAUUCCGGACUCUGACCAUCCGUACAGCAAGUUUGAGAACGAGUAAUACGGAGGGACCUCCAGCGUCUGACAGGAAAACGCUUCAGCAGAUGCUUUGCUCUUUUGAGACUCGUUUCUGGUCAGAUUACUUUAGGUUAGAUGAAGCUGGAUGGUAGCUAAAGCUGAGGUUAGCCCGUUCAUUGGUUAGUUAUCUCUCUUUCUCCACACUGAUUUGAUGGCUGAAAUUGUUUGUUAGUCAAACCAUAACAACAUCAGAUUUUAAUGCUUUAGAUGAAAAUGGCAGAAAAUUGCUUUAAGACUGAUUUUUUGUUUGUUUGUUUUUUUUCAGAGCAAAUGCACCUUACAUAGUUCACCCAAUUCACCCUCAUGUCAUUCCAAACUUACAGUAGCUCUUUUACAUACAACAACAGUUAAUAGUGACUCCAAAAAGACCAUUAAAGCAUCAUAAAAGCAGUCCAUACAACUCGUGCACUAUAUUGCAAGUUUUAAAAGUCAAAUAAUAGUUUUCUUUGAGUAACUGACCCAAAUUUUAAUUAUUAUUCACUGAAAAUCUUCCCCUUCAUCAGAUCUCUCAAAACCAUUUUCUAUUUUGUUUGGUGAGUAAUAUUUGUAAUGACAAUUAUUUUCAGUGAAUAAUUAUUUACAUUUUUGUCUAUUCUUGAUAGCAAAGCUAUUGUGUCUUCAGAAGACUUGUAAUAUAGCGCACGAGUCAUAUGGACUACUUUUAUUAUACUUUUUUGGUGCUUUUUUUUUGUCUUUGACAGACGUGGUAGCUAUGAAUGAUAUUGACUAUGAAGAGCUGUGUGAAUAUUAUUCAAAACUCCUUCCAAAUGGGUUUGGAACAACAUGAGGGUGUGUAAAUAAUGACAGAAUUUUCAUUUUUGAGUGAACUAUUCUUUUAAACACGCUCUACCACUUUUUUUGUGAUUGUAAAGUCAGGUCAUUGGAACAGUUUUAAUUCACUUUUUCUUCUGUUAAAUGAUUUAGAUGUUUGUAUUUAUAAUGUGCGUUCUUAUUAAAACAGAUUUACUAAAUAAAACAAGCUUCUAUAGUUUUAAACAGACCUUUUUGUGUGUUUGGUCUGAACAUGAUAAUGACGAUAAACUGUUGAUAACUGAUGAUUAGUUUGUAGCGCAGAAGAAUAGUGAAAUUCACAUCAAACGCUGUUCCUUUUCUCCGCCUGGAGGAAGAAGAUCUGCUCAUUGCCUUUCCAUACUAAAUCAUGACCUACUCAUUGUGGAAUACAAACAUAAGCUACAAGUUCAUCCUUCUCUUUGAAAAGCAAAUUUUUUGUUUUGUUAAUUAACCCUUUAAGCUCGGUUGGGUCAGCACGCAAAAAAAAUCAUCAAAAUAUUAAUAACUACAGUCAUGACCAACACAAAAUAGGUAUCGUUUGAAAGAUUAGAAGCUCUGCUUUACAGUGCAUGUAGACAUUAUGACCAAAACUGAACAAGUGCUUUGAAAUUUGCAGAUAAAUCAAAAGUGUUCUGUUUUGAUAAUUUAUUAUUAAUUUAGCACUGCGCAUAUUAUUGCAAUCAGUAAAAACAUCAAACUGAUCAAAUAGCCAUGUGUCAUAUGUUGUUGGAAAGCUCUCAAAGAGUAGAAUACAACCAGCCCAUUUGUUUUAAUCACAGACAAAAAUGUAGCAAGUAAUAGCUAAGUAUAUGUCUUUGACAAUUAUGUUGGUGUUGCUUAUAUGCAGCGUUUUCACUUAUAACUUCAUGAUAGUAUUAAGGGACCAUAAAAUAUCACAUAUCAUUACUUAGAGGAGGUGAUUAUCUUGCAAACGAGCCCACACACAAGGUAAUCAGAUGUAUAGAUCAUUAGAUAAUCCACAUGAAGCACAAUGUUACAUAUGACCACCAGGAGAUGGCGCCAAAUACAUGACACACACUCAAUGAUGACUCAAAUGACACAGAAUGAAACUCAUUCUGUGAAAUCUCAUUACUAAAAUCAUGUCUGCAUGCUAUGCAAACCUUUAGUCAUUGUUGUGUUUGCAUGUGUAAUUAGUUCUUAUGUACAAUUAUUAUGUUUUAUUUGUUUGGAGAGGCUUUUGGACACUAGGAUGAAUUAUUUUUGUAAUGCUAUAACUUUUGAUUGCUUUGUCGUAUCAACACAAAAUUUUACUCAGAUACAGUUGACGAUUGGGAAUUGUUUGGAGCCACCUUAUUUACACCCAGAGAUAUAUAAUGUCAAAUCAGAAAAAUUUUCAGCAGUUUCUUAGGCUGAGAGUCUCAGAAUGUAUCAUAAUCUAUAUCAUUAAACAUUUGUUACAAUGAUACCAAA